AUGCCGAAGUACGAUGCCCUAGACCCGCAAUGUCAUCAACAGCUGAUACCAAGAUCGCGCAGCGCCAAUUCGGUGCCCCCUCAGCCCAAGCCUAAAUUCGAGGCAAAUACACCCGACCUUCAGGAUAAAGAUGACGAGGCCGAAUCCACCCAAGAGCCCAAGCCGGCGUCUGUUAUAAUCCGAGGUACUUUCGCUCAUAAUAAGAGCGUAAAUAUUAUGCCUCAAAAUUUCCGACAUGGGACCGGGCAUAUCACACUCAAUCAAGGCUCAUUACCUAGCAUGUUGAGUCUCGUAAGCGCAAGCUUUAUUGGGUCCACGCUCGCGCUCCUCUUGAUGAAACGGCUGGAAUCCUGAGGGUCCUACUAUUUACAGCACCGGGGAAGAAGGCACUGAUAUGCAUGCAAGGCUGGUCUAAAGAGAGGCGGGGGAGGGAGUUAUGAGUACACAAUUGCGAAUGGAUUCGACCUGCACUUGAAAUUCCUGCG